AUGAGAAUGGGAAAUCUCCCAUUUCUCCUAUUGCUAUGUGCAGCACUUUCUUCUGCUUUUCCUGCAAAUACAAGGCAGAAAAAGGAAGAAGACAUGCAGCUUAUCCAGAAGUACCUGGAAAAUUACUAUGGCUUUAAGAAAGAUGGAGAACCUUUUGUUUGGAAAAGUAAUAAUGCAAUGACCCAAAAACUAAAAGAAAUGCAGGCAUUUUUUGGGCUGGAGGUGACAGGGAAGCUGGAUUCUGGCACUUUGGACUUGGCACAGAAACACCGCUGUGGAUUCCCUGAUGUAGCUGGGUUCUCCACCUUUGCAGGGGAGCCAAAAUGGACAAAACAUGUCCUGACAUACAGGAUAGUGAACUACACGCCGGACCUGGGUCCAGCAGAUGUCAACGCAGCCAUCACAAAGGCGUUACGUGUCUGGAGCAGUGUGACCCCGCUGAGGUUCAUCAGGAAGGACAGCGGUGAUGCAGACAUAAUGAUCUCCUUUGCAGCCAGAGGUCACAAUGACUUCAUCCCCUUUGACGGCCCAGGAGGCUCCCUGGCCCAUGCCUAUGCACCUGGCAAGGACUAUGGUGGAGAUGCUCACUUUGAUGAAGAUGAAACGUGGACCAAAAGCACAGAGGGCACAAACCUGUUUUAUGUUGCUGCCCAUGAGUUUGGCCAUUCACUGGGACUUUCCCAUUCCAAAGACCCCAACGCUCUGAUGUAUCCAGUUUUCAGGAAAUUUGACCCUUCAGUACUCCUUCAUCAAGAUGAUAUUACUGGCAUACAGUACCUCUAUGGAUCAUCUCCCAACACAAACAAUGAUCAAAUGGAAUCUACUGAGAUAAAAGACCCAACUGACUCAAAAGAUCCUGCACUGCCAAACAGCUGCAACUCCAAUCUGACGUUUGAUGCUGUCACCACUUUCCGUGGAGAAAUAAUGUUCUUUAAAGACAAGCAUAUUUGGCGCAAACAUCCAGCAGUGAGAACGGCUGAUUUUGAGUUGAUAUCUUCAUUCUGGCCACAGCUGCCACCUGGUGUUGAUGCUGCAUAUGAAAUUCCUGAAAAAGAUGAAAUGGUCAUUUUUAAAGGGAAUGAUUUCUGGGUUGUGAGAGGAGAUACCAUACUUCCUGGAUACCCCCAAAAACUCUAUGCCCUGGGCUUUUCAAAGGAUGUUACCAAAAUUGAUGCUGCUUUUCAUAAUGGAAUUGAGGGGAAAACAUAUUACUUCAUAGCAGACAAAUUUUGGAGUUAUGAUGAAAGAAGUCAGUCCAUGGAUAGGAAGUCAUUACUGAUAAGAGAUGCCUUUCCAGGAAUUAAUGGGAAGAUUGAUGCUGUUUUUCAACAUGACAACUUCCUUUACUUCUUCAGUGCAAGAAAGCAGUUUGAGUUUGACCUUAAUAAGAAGAGAGUUACACGCUUCCUAAAGACAAACUUUUGGUUUCCAUGCUAAUAAAAUGAAACCUG